AGUCGCACAGACAGAGACAGAAGAACUAGAAGGAUUCCCGAGCCUGCGCUUUCCUUGGGAGACCGGGGUCUGUGAGUCUCAGCGGCAGUCGCAGCGACAGAAGUCAGCGCACAGGUACGAUUAUUAUACUCACUAGCUGACAACUUUCGGGAGGACUGUGAGUCUCUUUGUGCCACUUGCCUUGAUUUCAUUCCUGCUGUCCUCGGAUCCCUCCGGCUGUUUGUGACCUACACCCCCCCCCGUCAUUUGUACUGACCGGACAGACAGACCGACACACACAGACAGACCGACCGACCGCAAGGGCUCCUGACCAUAGGCUGGAACUCAUUCCUUUAGUAGACCAAUAUCCGUAACAAUGGAUUGGGGAACGCUCUACGAGGUCAUUGGAGGAGUGAACAGACACUCUACAAGCAUCGGCAAGAUCUGGCUCUCAGUUCUCUUCAUCUUCCGCAUUAUGAUUCUGGUCGUGGCUGCAGAGAGCGUGUGGGGGGACGAACAGUCCGAUUUCACCUGCAACACCUUACAGCCCGGAUGCAAGAACGUCUGCUACGACCAUCACUUUCCAGUUUCUCACAUCAGGUUGUGGUGCCUGCAACUUAUAUUUGUUGCUACCCCCGCCCUUUUGGUCGCUAUGCACGUGGCUUAUCUAAAACACGAAGAGAAGAGGCAGAUGCAGAAGAAGGGGAACUGUGGAGGAAAGGACUUGGAGGAGCUGAAGCAAAGGAAGGUCAGAAUCAGGGGAACCUUGUGGUGGACCUACACUACCAGCAUCUUGUUCAGAGUCCUCUUUGAAGCUGCCUUUAUGUACCUCUUCUACUAUUUGUAUUCCGGCUUCCACAUGCCGAGGCUUGUGCAGUGCAACAACUGGCCUUGCCCCAACGUGGUCGACUGCUUCAUUUCCAGGCCUACAGAAAAGACCGUCUUCACUAUAUUCAUGAUUGUCGUGUCUGGCAUCUGCAUGGUUCUGAACGUCAUGGAGGUUUGUUACCUAAUCGUGCAGGCUUCCCUAAGGAGGUCAAGAAAAAAUACACUUAGGCAUUCUAACCACAUGUCUGGAAAGGAGGAGAAGCAGAACAUCAUGAACGAACAGAAAGAACAUUAGCCCGAUGUUACUGUGGCAGGUCAGCUGCAGUCCAGAUAGGAGUAGCCCCCAAUGAUUCAUAUGGAGUAUUAAUUACGUAAGAAUGAAUCAGAAACCAGGACAGUUGAUAGCAAAUCCAUACUGAUGUUCCUUCAACAUAGUGGAAACCUGGGCUGGAAUUAAAAUCAUAGUACUGCAUUAUUAGUCCUCUGGGCAAACUAACAGUGUCUGGCUAAAUCAGUAGACCACAACUUGCUAUCAAGCCAAAGAAUAAUCCCUUGCAGAACAAUGUAGAACCAUAGCAAUAUGCUCCAUGGAUCAGAGCGACGCCAUUUUCUUUAUGCAAAUCACUUCCUGUCAGGCCUACCAACGUAGUCUUUUUACCAGGAAUUGACCAUAGUGACUGCGGGCAAGUCCAAAUGGGAUGUGGAGACUUAAAAGGAUGCCAAGACCUGACACUUAGCCACUCUGUUAUUUUGGGCUGCCAGUGUUUUGGUUUUUAUCCAGAGAAUGUUUUAAAAUCUUCUUAUGGAGGUAUUCUAAUGAGAAGAAAAUGCUGUAGGACAUAACUUGCCAAUCAAUAGUAUUGUAAUGUAAUUUGUAUGCUAUUUAUGAAAGAGAAGAAACGCUACUGUCUCGUAGCCCCAGUGAUUUCUAGCUGGUUGCACACACACUGCCAUUUUAACGGGCUCAUCAUUUGCAGAUUUGGUACGGCGGUGCUACAAGAUGGGAACUGACAUUUCUGCCAGUUAAAUGUUAUGAUCCAUAGGCUUCUUAUUGCAUAGUUAUGGUUGGUUCCCAUCGUGUUAAUAUUUUAGAUCACCAUUUCACUUUCAAUGGGAAGAUCAGGGGGUCAUCUAUUAAUAGGGUGAUAAAUUUGCUCCAGGUCUAGAAACCCACGGCAACCAAUCAGAUCUCUUAUUUCAAGCAUCAUAUUGAUAAACACACUGAUUGGUUGCUAUGGGAUGGAGCCACACUCUUUUUUAUUUUUACAUUACCCCCUAAUUUUACCAACUACGUAGACUAAUUAUUAGGGAUUCAUCAAGGAUUCAGUUUGGGAUUCAGCCAAGAUUCUGCCUUUUUCAACAGGAUUCGGAUUUGGUCGAAUCAAAGUGCCUGGCCCAACCAAAUCCUUACAAUCUUGUGACUUUUCGUCACAUAAACAAGGAAAUAAAAUAUUUUUUAACUGCACACUGUGCUUGGUUCUUUCACCCAUCCUAGACAUAACUUGCAUAUUUAAAUUAGGGUUUGGAAUUGGUUCGGUAUUCGGGCAAAUCUUCCACGAAGGAUUCAGCCGAAUCCGAUAUCCCUACAUCCCUUCUAAUUACAAGUAGUUUUUAGUCCUGUCAUCUGGAACCUGUGGCUCUCCAGCUGCUGUUAAAAAGCAAUAGACAAUAUCCAAAGAUCCCGAAGUAGCGGGAAAACAAUUAUUGCUCAAAACAGACAGUUGCCAAAAACUUUUCAUCUUUUCGGUCAUCAUUCAGAGUUUUCAUUAAGAUUUGUAAAUAGAUAAUUUCUUUUUUUCAUGAACUGUAUUGCUUUGCAAAGCCUUUUCCCAGAAGGUUACGUUGAUGACAUAGCGAUUCAUAUAAUUAUUUUAUCUGUUAGACUUGAAGCUCUAAAAUGCUGGUACAGGUAUGGGACCUAUUAUCCAGAAUGCUCGGGACCUGGAGCUUACCGGGUAAUGGAUUUCCAUAAUUUAUACCUUAAUUCUACAAGAAAAUCCUUUAAACGUUAAAUAAACCCAAUAGGCUGGUUUCGUUUCCAAUAAGGAUUAAUUAUAUCUUAGUUGGGAUCAAGUACAAGCUAUUUUUUUAGUAUUAAGAGAAAAAGGAAAUUGUUUUAGAAAUUUGGAUUAUUUGGAUAAAAUGGAGUCUAUUGGAGACAGCCUUUCCGUAAUUCUGAGCUAUCUGGAUAACGGGUUUCCGGAUAAUGGAUCCCAUACCUGUAUAGUGCCAAGAAUAGUUUGAUAUAUGCUGCCUUGUAUUCUUUUUAUUUUUUUACAUAUCCAAGAGCAAUAGGUUUUUUUACUUUCGUAAAGUAUUUGUACCAAAUCGCUUUCUGUUUGAGCCCUAGAAGAACAAAUGAUCCAUGACUGAGGUCUGUAUUAUUCUGUCACUUUUUACUUUCUGUUGCUUUAGUCUCCGGUAUUGAGUCCAAACGUGCAGCAAACUGAAGCAUCUGUACUUACAUGGACAGGUCACUAGGUGGAGAUCUCGAUGCACAACAUAUUUGAAUUAUGUCAUUUAUUUUUUUUGUAUUUUAGUUUUUAUCGUUUUUAUAGUUUAAAUAAAGAAUUGUCUCAUAAAAA